UGAAGUUGGUGCCUUCUAGUAGCACAAAAAUGCCGAAGGAGCUUGGGGGAGAACGGAGAGUGGAAAGCUCCCUUUCCUCAGGAUCCUCUCUUGAUAAGCAACCACCCAUUGAGCAAACACAGAGUGAGCCAGAAGAAGCUCUGUCGGAGAGCCUUGGGAGCCAGGCCUCACUCUCACAGAAAAAAAAAACAACAUUUACCAAAUGGGGAAUCUCUGUAAAGGAGGAAAAAACAGCAACUCCAGAACAAAGAUGUGAGGAGAAGGGAGAAAAAACAGCUCCUCUGGUUCAGAAACACAAGGGGAAGAUAGGGGAAACAGCUAGUCCAGUACAAAGACGUGAGGAGAACGGGGCAAAAACAGCAACUCCAGAAGAAGGACGUGAGGAGAAGGAGGGGAAAACAGCAACUCCAGAAGAAGGACGUGAGGAGAAGGAGGGGAAAACAGCAACUCCAGAAGAAGGACAUGAGGAGAAGGAGGGGAAAACAGCAACUCCAGUACAAGGACAUGAGGAGAAGGAGGGGAAAACAGCAACUCCAGGAGAAGGACGUGAGGAGAAGGAGGGGAAAACAGCAACUCCAGGAGAAGGACGUGAGGAGAAGGAGGGGAAAACAGCAACUCCAGGAGAAGGACGUGAGGAGAAGGAGGGGAAAACAGCAACUCCAGGAGAAGGACGUGAGGAGAAGGAGGGGAAAACAGCAACUCCAGGAGAAGGACGUGAGGAGAAGGAGGGGAAAACAGCAACUCCAGGAGAAGGACGUGAGGAGAAGGAGGGGAAAACAGCAACUCCAGUACAAGGAUGUGAGGAGAAGGGAGGAAAAACAGCAACUUCUGUGCAAGGACAUGAAGAGAAGGGCAAACUUAAACGAAGGCCAGUGAGUUCUGGAGAUUAUGUUACGGUAUAUUUCCAUGCCAUACUGUCUAAGCGCUUCAAACUGGAUCAUACAGAGCCUAAAGUGUCCGUCAGAGCAGAAGGCAUUUCUGGAUAUAAGGACUGGGACGACUCUGUCUGUGAGCUGAUUUUGUUAAAGGAUCUUGGGAAGGUUGGCUUCCUAAUUGAAGGCUGGGUGGACAUUUCUAAAGAGAACAUGGACAAACCAAUCCCCUACAAAUAUUUUAUUCUACGUGGCAAUCAGGGAGAGUAUGAAUUCAUUUACAAACCUUCAGUGGGAAACUUUGUGAAUCGCUGCUUGUACAUAGACUCAAAGGAACUAAAUGGUGCAGAUUGGCAUCAGUAUGAUGAUAUAAUUUGUGCUAACCCCCCUGAGAGUAUGUGGGAAAGUUGGAAGGAGUAUAUCCCAGGGCUAAAAAAAAAAAUUGAAGGUACUGCGAAAGGAAAACAAAGAGCAGCAAAAGUGAUGCUAGAAAGUCUCUUCAGUAUACUGAACACCUGGACUCCCACCAACAUAAAGAACUUUCUCCAGCAGUUCCGUCAGUUUUACUUGGUGAAUAAAAGAACGAUAUAUGAGAAUGAGCCAAAGGAAUGGACAGAUCUACCAUCUGGAGAAAAGCAGGUGCAAAUGUUGAUAAAGGAUUAUUUGAAAGAAGUGCUCUGUUCACUUCUUAACCAGAGCAGUGGAUGUAGUUCAUCCCAGAACUUACCUGUGCAGCAUAAACUUGGCCUGACAUUGAUAAUCAUUCUGUUAUCUGGAGACUACCAGAUUUUCCCAGAAUCAAAAGAUGAAUGUUUGAGACUUUGCAGACUUCUAUGCUCAGAGGAGGAGCCACCAGCAGAUGUAGUCAAUUUUCUCAAACAAGUGAUUUCAGAGGUUCAACGUGUGCGGAACUAUUUAACUUUAUUCUGUAAUACCUGUAUGGAACAUAAAAUUCACCAGUGGCUGUGGACGAUCCCAGUUCUUCAUCUAUUUUCUGAGUUUGAAUGCUUUAAAAAUAAAACUCAACUUGAAUCUGAAGAGGGCUGGGCAAGAUUGGGAGGCCUUCCAUUUGUUGAAUUUAGGAAUGAAAUGGAACAAAGCUCCCUUUCGAAGGAUUUACUAUCAGUAAUGAAAGAAAAGAAGUAUUUGUUGAAAGGAUAUGUAGCACUGUUCAGAUCAUGGUUCUCUUUGUUGCCUCUGAGAGACUUGGCUGGAUUUAUUUCUGACUUUCCUGCUGAUCUGCUGGACUAUCUUCUAGGAACUUUUUAUAGACUGAAGAAUGAGAAAAUCACGUAUCAUAACCAUUUGGUGGUAGUAGAACUUCUGAAGACCGUGUUGUCCAUCCUCUGCAAUAAACAAAAUAGCACACUUCAGCAGGACACUUGGAACACGUUUGAAACGGUCUGUAUAAGACUUCAUGAGAUGAUAUGCAAUAACUCCCAGUCGCUACAGUAUUACAAAAUACCAGUUACAUCAGCUGAGAUUGUUUCAAGGAUUCUUGAACUUGCUCCUUUGGAGGUCUCAAGAGAAAAAAACAUGCAAAAUAUUCCAAUGAUCAAACUAUUCCGAAGGCUUUGUGAAGAAACCAGGACCUGGUUUUGCAGAGUUUUAUCACGAGAUUUGCUGAAACCUUGUUCAGGUCCUAAUGUAGAGUUUACUUUUCCAUUGGAACUUUGGGCAUGGGAUCAAUUUUUGAAAAUAAAGUUUCCAAAUGAAAACUUCAUAGAGGAGUGGAAGAAAAGUUUAAUUAUAGAUAUGCAAAGCCGAAUUAAACAGGAAUCUCCAGUUCAGCAGAUUAAAGCCUACUGCAAUUCCCAAGCAAACUUUGAAAAAUUUGAUUCUCUGAUUGGCAACACAUUUGAAAACUGUGCCAUAGAAGCUGUGAACUUAGCACCCCAGAAUGGUCUCAUUAGCCUGCUAGCCUCGUACAAGCUGAAAAAGCCUGGCAAACUCGUUUCUGCUGUCAUCAGAAAAUCAUGGCCAACUGAUAAGGCUGGGAAACCUUUGAAGGACCUGGAAAGUGUUCUGAAUCAUCUCCUUUGUUGGCAAGACAUCAAACAUCUUUUCACCUUUCAUGGUGUCAGUGAAAAGCUUCGCGACCAACUUUCCGAUGAAGCCAAGGAGCUAAUGGCCAUCAGUGACUCUGUAUAUACAGAAGUUUCUGGUAAACUCAUGACAGGCUGUAUCCUAAUUAAACAUUUGGACCUAAUCAAAAAGCAUAAGAAACAAUUUCUGUCAAUUUGGGAAUUAAUAAAUAAACAUAAUUCAUCUGUGGAAAACCCAAAACUAGAAAAAGUACUCCAGCUAAGACUGCAAGAAGUAACAUUUGUCAGGAAGGAGCAAACACAGUUGGGAUCUCUUCUGGAUAUGUGCAGGAAAGUGCAAUAUAUUGUAAAAGUGGAUAUGGUUGAAAUCGAGCAGAAGCACAAUGAAAGUCUGGCUGCAGAAGCACUGAAUGAGGUUGUGAAGGUGAGAGAUCCAGUUUCCCACAGUGAUGAUAUUAUAGAGACCUGUUUCUACUUGAAUCCAGCCAUGAAGAAGAUAUCUGAAACUGUGUAUCGUUUUAAAGAGAGCCAUGUCUUCCAGUAUUGCUGGGAGUGGGCAGCCCAAAAAUUGGUGAACAAUGAGGAGCAUUUGAUCGAAGAGGAAGACAUUGCUGCUUUGCCUCCUGAUAGGUUAUUUGAUCAUUGUUACAAUGAAUUCACCAGACUCUAUAAUUGCUUGAAAUCUGAAGAGCUCACAUUUGCUGAAGUGGAUGUUCUCUUCAAGGAUUUUACUAGCCCUUAUGAUGAACUGAAAAAGGAUUUUCAGAUUAUGUGCCAUCUGGAGCAUCAAGAUAGUGGGGAAUGGAUAGACCAACGGAUCCAGCAGAUCCAGCAAUAUCAUGACUUGCAUUUGGCUGUGGGCUCUGUUAAAGUUAUUGACAAGGUCAGGGAAGCUUUGAACCUCUCUGGAAACUUCGACGGCCUGCUGCUUUUACUGAACUUUAAAGAUGAGUUCCAGUCCUUUCAGAAAAAAAAUCUCUCCUCCAUGAGUCCUGCAUUGAUGCAUGCUAUGCAAGUGCUGCAAGGCAUCACUGAACCACGCCGUAGGUGCCUCAAGGAGCUUGCACUCAGGAGGGACUUCGUAAACUGGGUCAAAGAGUCUCUGGAAGAUAUAAAUGAGCUAAAGGUGUUUGUGGACCUGGCGUCUAUCUCUGCGGGAGAGAAUGACAUGGAUGUGGAUCGUGUCGCUUGCUUCCAUGAUGCUGUACUUGGCUACUCUUCCCUGAUGUAUGAGUUGAAGCGGGAGUCAGGGUUUAAGGAGUUCUUGGUAUGUUUGGAAAAACUGUGGAAAGCCCUGGAAAGUGAUCAGCACCUCCCAGCAAAACUGUGUGAUUCUACAAGACACUUGGAAUGGCUGAAAACCAUAAAGGAGAGCCAUGGCUCUGUGGAACUAUCAUCUAUAUCACUGGCAACUACAAUCAAUAGCAAAGGAAUCUACAGAAUUAGGGCACCCACAGAAGGCCAGAAGGUUUCUCUGGAUGCUGUCCUAUAUCUGACCAUUCCAGAAAGCCAUGGUGACAAAGAAGAAAUACGGCAGUACUCUUUGGAAGAGCUCCGAGAAUUGAUGAACAAGCUGAUGUUGAUGUCAGGAAAGGUAGAACAAAGUGUGGAAGUGGAUAGGUUUUCUGAGGUGUUUUCUAGUGUUGAGAGACUUGCACUGUCCUUCAUAGACCUUUAUUCUGCUGGAAACACGCUCUUCCGAUCUUGGAUCACUGACAUAUAUUGCUCACCCAACAAUGAGUUUUGUAUUAGCAUGGACUAUGGUGUGGAUCCUAUCUGGGAACUCUUUGGAAAUGGAAAAGUGACAGAAGUUCUGCCAGCCAUAUGCCGAAAGAUGGAGAGUUUCCUACAGAGGUGGAACCACUUCAUUUUAGAGAAGCGAUCCCAGUACUUUUAUCUGAAUUACUACAUGGCGGAGCAACUUGUAUAUUUGUGCAAGGAGCUUGGCUCAAAAUGCCCCAGUGAGGCUGCCUUGAUUAUGCUCUCAUUCAUAAAGCACGACUGCAGUAAACAAGAUGUACAGAAGGUCUCCAAACAAAUGGAAUUAAAAAAGCCAAAGAGGAAUUUUGCUGAACACUUUGGACUGAUGGAAAGAGGGAGAGAAUUGACUGCAGAGCUAGAGUAUAUUUGGGAGUCCUACAUGGAGACCAUGGGCUCGUUCCUUCCAGGCUGCUUGGACAUUGAAACCCUUGGUAUUUUCCUGGACAAAUUAGCAGAUUUGGAGAAGAGGAGUGUUGUGCGAAUAUUGCCACGUGGUCUUCAAGUUGGCAAGCCCAACCUCAUUCUUUGCCCUCGCUCUGAAGCCUUGGUCUAUGCGCUGGCCAUCUACAUGAACAGCCCAGGAGAGAUGCUACCUUCUUAUGAUGAGGUCUUGCUUUGUUCAGCAGAAACCACCUAUGAGCAAGUGGAACUGUUUUUGAGGCGGUGCCUCACUCCAGGAAGCAAGGAGAUGAAGAUUUACACCUUGCUGUUUGCAGAUGAGUUGAGCUAUGAUGUUGGCUACAGGUCUGAGGAGCUGUUCCAGAACCUUUGCUUAAAGCAUCAGGAUGACUAUCGCCUAGUGAUCCUCUGCAACUGUGAGAGAGAGCACUGCUAUGUCCCCUCUGUCUUCAGUCAGUUCAAAGUUCACAUGAUCCUUCAUGAGUCCCUGGAAGACAUUCAGAAUUAUCUUGAGAAUCAUUACAAAGCCUUGCAGCCAGCAAGUUCAUCAGCUUCUGUCUUCAAGGACCAAAUGUGUGUUGCGAUUGUGUCUUCCAAAAGAGCUGGAGUGGGAAAAUCUCUCUAUGUAAAGAGGCUGCAUGAGAAAAUGGAAGCAAAACUGCAGAAUGAUGCAGUGCCCUUAAAAACAAUUCGACUGACAGAUCCCCAUGUGAAUGAAGACAAAGUGCUGAAAUCUCUCCUCCCAUUCCUGAAUGAUCAGUAUCAGAAUCAGCCCAUGAUAUUUCAUUUUGAUAUCACUUCUUCAGUCCAGACUGGAAUUUCAGAAUUUCUGUUUAAGCUGUUGGUUUUACAGUACCUGACAGAUAUAGAUGGGAAACUCUGGCUGAGGAAACAGUGCCACUUGUAUGUAAUAGAAAUUCUUGAAGAAUCUCUAUCAUUAAAAAAACCAACAAAAUCUAUUUCUCCAGGAUUGAAGUACAGUUUUCUUGAUGUGUUCCCCAAAGUAACCUGCAGAUCUCCCAAGGAAGUACUGGAAAUGGACACCCAGGGAAACCUAUCCCAUGGCUGCUCAGAACCAGGAAUGGAUCUGGAAGUGUUCCAUAGUGAAACUUUUCAGAGACCAUUCCAGUACUUAAGAAGAUCUAACGGAGGUGAUAAUCUUGACACAUUCCAGUAUGAAGAAGGCUUGGUUGAAGGGACUCCAGCAGAAUGUCUACAGCUGCUCCUUAUGCAUUGUGGAAUAAGAGAUCCUUCUUGGUCAGAACUGAGGAACUUUGCUUGGUUUCUGAACCUUCAGCUAAGAAACUGUGAGACAUCAGUGUUCUGUAAUGCUGCCUUUGUCCAGGAUACUUUGCAGGGUUUCAAAAACUUUGUGGCCACCUUUAUGAUUUUAAUGGCAAAGGAUUUUGCAACACCUUCGCUUAACAUUUCAGAUGAGAGCCCUGGGAGGCAGUUUUUUGACAUGGAAGGUGUCACUGAAGAAGACCUUGCUCCAUUCCAGAUUCGGAAAAAGUGGGAGUCUGAACCCCAUCCAUAUAUAUUCUUCAAUAAGGACUCUAUUUCCAUGACAUUCAUUGGCUUUCAUCUCCAGCCUAAUGCUAAUGGUGGCAUUGAUGCCAUCAAUCCUUUGAAUGGGAGUAUCAUAAAGAGAAAUGUGAUGACCAAGCAGCUGUACCAGGGAUUAUCCCAUCAAAGAGUUCCAUUCAAUGUUAAUUUUGAUGCACUUCCCAGACAUGACAAAAUUCAGACACUUUGCAUGGUUUUAGGACUCCAGGGAUGGACUGAUCCUGAUAAAACAUACAAACUCGAUGAAACGUAUGAGCUCACAACAGACAAUAUAUUGAAGAUCCUUGCCAUUGAAAUGCGAUUCAGGUGCGGGAUCCCUGUCGUCCUCAUGGGAGAGACAGGUUGCGGAAAAACCAGGCUCAUAAAAUUCCUGUGUGAACUGCGUAGGAGCGGUGCUCCUGCUGAUAACAUGAAGCUUGUCAAAGUCCAUGGAGGCACCACAGCAGAUGCAAUCUAUGCCAAAGUCAGGGAAGCAGAAGUUAUUGCUAUUGACAAUAAGCAGCAAUACCAGUUUGACACCAUCUUGUUUUUUGAUGAAGCCAACACUACUGAAGCUGUCAGCAGUAUCAAGGAAGUCCUGUGUGAUCACACUGUAGAAGGAGAGCCUUUGGUCCACAACUCAGGCUUGCAAAUCAUCGCUGCCUGCAAUCCUUAUCGAAAACACACUGGAAAAAUGAUUAAGCGCUUGGAGUCAGCUGGCUUAGGCUAUCGUGUCAAAGCAGAGGAAACGAAGGAUAAGCUUGGCUCCAUUCCUCUUAGGCAGCUUGUAUACCGGGUCCACGCGCUCCCACCUAGCAUGUUACCUCUGGUGUGGGAUUUUGGGCAGUUGAACAACUUUACGGAAAAACUCUACAUACAGCAGAUUGUCCAAAGACUUACCAGGUCAAUACAAAUGUCUGGUGCUGAGAUUAAGAUAAUAACAGAUGUGCUUUUUGAGUCUCAGACUUAUAUGAGGAAAAGGAACGACGAAUGCAGCUUCAUCAGCCUCAGAGAUGUGGAACGCUGUGUGGAAGUCUUCAAGUGGUUCCACAACCACAGUGACGUAGUAAUGAAACAUCUGGAGAAGUAUCUUGCAGAGAGGAAGACUGCUAAAGGUUCUAUCCAGAGAGACAAAGUCAUUUGGUCCUUGGUUAUUGCUGUUGGUGUUUGCUACCAUGCCUCCCUAGAAAGGAAAGAGGCAUACCGAAGAGUCAUCAGCAAAAUACUUCCACCCCCGUAUGAUAAAGAGAAAGGAAUUCUUGAAGAAAUUGGUUUAGUUCAGGAUCUCUUCUUGAGUGGUGCACCUCUGAGGGAAACAAUAGCAAGAAACUUGGCACUGAAGGAAAAUGUCUUUAUGAUGGUUAUCUGCAUUGAACUUAAAAUCCCCUUGUUCCUCAUUGGAAAACCGGGCAGCUCCAAAUCUCUUGCCAAGACCAUUGUGGCUGAUGCCAUGCAAGGCCAAGCAGCAUACUCUGAGCUUUAUAAGGAACUGAAGCAAAUCCAUCUGGUGUCCUUUCAGUGCAGCCCACACUCUACCCCUGAGGGCAUCAUAAAUACUUUCAAGCAUUGCUCUCGCUUCCAAGAAGGAAAGAACCUGAAGGAGUAUGUCUCUGUAGUCGUGUUAGAUGAAAUUGGCUUAGCUGAAGACUCCCCCAAAAUGCCUCUGAAGACUCUUCACCCGCUGCUGGAAGAUGGAUGCGUUGAUGAUGAUCCACUGCCUCACAAAAAAGUUGGCUUCAUUGGGAUCUCUAACUGGGCUUUGGAUCCAGCUAAGAUGAAUCGGGGUAUCUUUGUAUCCCGUGGAGACCCAAGCAAGCAAGAACUCAUAGAAAGCGCAAAGGGUAUUUGCUCUUCAGAGCGUGUCAUCUGCUCUUCAGAGCGUGUCAUCCUGCAGAAAGUUGAGCGUUUCUUUCCUAUCUUUGCAGAUGCAUAUGAAGAGAUUUGCAAGACCCAAAAUAAGGAAUUCUUUGGGUUGCGGGACUAUUACAGCCUCAUAAAAAUGACAUUUGCUUUAACAAAAAAAUCUAAGAGCACUCCUGCUCCCCGAGACAUAGCAGAAGUGGUUCUCCGUAAUUUCAGUGGCAAGGAAGGCAUUGAGGCCUUGGACAUUUUUAUGUCUAAGAUCCCAGAGAAAGGCGAUGUUACCUCUGGGGACAUCAGUACGACUGACCUAGUCAAACAGAACAUUUACAGUGACUAUCAGGAUGGAGAAUGCCGGUACCUGCUAGUGUUAACAGAAAAUUAUGCUGCGCUUCAGAUCCUUCAGCAGGCUUUUUUCAAAGAUGCACAGCAGCCAGAAAUUAUAUUUGGUUCCAGCUUUCCCAAAGACCAGGAAUACACCCAGAUCUGCAGGAACAUCAACCGAGUGAAGAUGUGUAUGGAGACUGGGCAGAUGGUGGUCCUUCUCAACCUGCAAAAUCUCUAUGAAAGCCUGUACGAUGCCCUCAACCAGUAUUAUGUUCAACUUGCUGGUCAGAAGUAUGUUGACCUUGGUUUGGGGACCCAUCGAGUGAAAUGCAGAGUGCAUCCUCAGUUCCGCUUGAUCGUUAUUGAGGAGAAAGAGGUGGUGUACAAACAUUUUCCCAUUCCAUUGAUCAACAGGCUUGAGAAACACUACCUGGAUAUCAGUACAGUGUUGGACAAAUGGCAAAGAGGCAUUGUGGAAGAACUGAAGAAAUGGGUGAACAACUUCACAGCAGUUGAGACAGAAAAACAUUUGAUGGGUCAGCAGAAAUAUACCCCUUCCGACGUCUUUGUUGGCUACCAUUCUGACACCUGUGCCUCAGUUGUCCUGCAGGUGACGGAAGAGCUGAAAAUGGGUUUUCCUCCUGAGGAACUAAUACGAAAAGUAGAAGAACAGGCCAAGUUGGUACUGCUGAACUGUGCAACGCCAGAUUCUGUAAUCCGUGUUGGUGAUUCACGUCUGGGUUCCUUUGAGGCACAUGAGUUGGCUAUGAUAUACUUUCAGCAGCAGCAGCACACUUGUCUUGCAGAUUUCCUCUGUGCUUGCCUCGGCACUGAGUCCAGGGGUCGCACAGUCUUUACUGAGAUUACUACAUUCUCCAGACUACUGACAGCAGCAGACAUAGAGAGUUUGGAGGCAGACGUACAGUGUAAUAUGGACAGCCUCAAAGUUCUGUUCUUGCACCAAUUUGACACAGAACAUUCAUUUUUAAAAGAAAUUCGGACAUUCUUUGAUGCUACACCUGGAACUAAAAUCCUGAUUAUUCAGGCAGAAUUUGAAAAUGGAUCCCUCAGUGCCCAGCUUGUUGCCUCAGCUAAAUACUCAGUUGUUAAUGAAAUCAACAAACUAGAUCUGAGUGAAGCCUCAGUGUUCAUGUGCUUCAUCACUAAGCUAUCACGAGUUGAAGGAGGAAGUUCCUAUGUAGGAUUUCAUGGAGGACUGUGGCAGUCUGUGCAUAUUGAUGAUCUGAGGAGAUCCAGGGAGAUGGUCUCUGAUGUAACUGCCCUGAGAAACAUUACCAUCAGUCAGCUGUUUUCUGAUGAUAUUGGAAGGUCUGCAGAACAUCCUGAAUCUGUGAUCGUGGAGGGAAUGGAAGAAAAGGAAGAGGAUAUGGAAGUAGAGACAUCCACAGUAUCUGAAGCAAAAAAAGGGACUGAUACUAACAGGCAUUUCUUCCCUGCUGUUCCUGGAAAGUCCCACGUUUUGGACACCACCAUCCUCCUGAGAAGUUGUGUGCAAAGUGCUGUGAUCAAGCUAAGGGACCCAAAUAAGGGUGGCAGCCGUAGCACUAAGAGAAUUGAAAUUCUCCUUAGUCUCCUAUCUGAGGAAGAUGACUUCAAAGGCUCUUUCCUGAAGAUAACAAAGAAUCGCCUUUUAGACCUUUUGAGGAAGCAAGAAGAGUAUUCUUACAAUGUGAAAGAGUGGGUGCUCCGGGUGGCAUCAAACCUCAAUGCCCUCCAGGAAGCAGGAACUUUCAGACAUACCCUGUGGAAACGGGUCCAGAGCGUGGUGACCCCAUUUCUGGCCUAUAUAGUGUCUGUCUUAGACAGAGACUGUAACCUAGACCUACUGGUCAACCCAACAACAGAAAAUUGUGUGAAAGAUCUGUGGAUGUUCAUCUUCAGUGAUCAGAAGCUUCUGAACAUCCCUUAUGUCAUGAAUCAGAACAGCUCCUACACUGAGACAAUUCUGGUACAGAAUUACUUGGAGGUAUCUAAACAUGCUGGCAAUAUAAUGCCCUUCAGCUGGAGAAUAAAGGAUUAUUUGGAAGAUCUUUGGGUUCAAGCUCAAUACACCACUGGCAGUGAAGGCCACGCAGAGAAGUUUGUAGCCAUCUUUCAGACGAAUCCACUGGGGCAGUAUAUCACCAAUCUCUCUGAGGAAGAGAGGGAGAAACUUUUCCACUGUUACCUCAGAGACUUCAUCCUUCUGGCAAUGGGAAUAUCUUUGGAUAAGGAGCUAAAGUUGCUGCAAAUGGCCCUCUUAUCAUGCAUAGAGGAAAUGAAGUCAGCCUCUUCCAGUGCAAAAGACUGGGUGCUUCCCCUCCCUUGGAUCCACCUUGGUUACCAUCAGUUUAGGAGUCGGCUGCAGAACUUUUCACGGAUUCUUGUUGUGUAUCCUGAUGUGUUCAAUCCUCUCAAUGAACAUGCACAGAAAGGAAGCAAUAUUUCACAACACCAAAUGGUACUUGAUGUGCUUGCUGCACUGGCCUGUGUUGAAAUGCUUGAAGAAAAUACGUUGAAAUGCAGACCUCAGACCUGGCUCCAGCAGGUGAAGAACCUCCAGAUGCCAAUUGAACUUGUGUGUACCCCAAACUACAUACAAAACAAGCGGAGCCAAUGUGGCCAAUGGCUCCAAGAUAUCCAAAAACGAUGGAAUCGGGUGCUCGUGAUGUCUCUCUUUGUAGAAAACGUACUGCUUGGGGUAAACACAUUGAUUCCAGAGCUGAAGGAUCUUGUAAAGACAUAUACCCGGCAGCUUGGAAAGUGUCUUCAGUGUGAUUCUGACAUCAAAACUUAUAACACAUUCACUGCAGUGAUGAAAAUGCUGUGCCAAUACAAGGAGGAUGUUGGUUCAAGAAUUAGCAGUUAUGUUUUGAAGCCAUGUCCAACAUGUUUGGGAGAUCCUAAAGAUCCAGUGAACCUUCCUUGCGAUCAUGCGUAUUGUCACAAUUGUAUCAAACAAUGGCUGGUGCCAGGACAGAUGUUCUGUCCAUUCUGCAAAACCAGCCUACCGGAAAACUAUACUCCCACAGUAUCCGAGGAACUCAGCAUUGCUAUAGAAAAAAAUGGCCAGUUCCGUAAGUUUUGCAACAGUUUUUUCAUAAACCUGGUUUCCACAAUGUGUUUCAAAGACAAUGAGCCCCCAGAAAAAGCUGUGAUCCAGGAGUUGCUGAACCUGCUGUUUGUUAAUUUGAGAGGUUCUGGUAACUCCACUGUACAUACAAAAUCUCUGUCCCCUUUCGAUGAUGUGGUGGAUAAAACUCCUGUAAUACGUUCUGCCUUGUUAAAGUUGCUCCUAAAAUACAGCUUCAAUGAUGUGAAAGUCUAUGUACAAAAAUAUUUAUCGCAAGUAGAAGCGAGUUGCAUCCAAGACAAAGACGAUAAAACAGAACUGUACAUUCUGUUUGUCAACUGCUUUGAGGAUUCUAUGUAUGAGAAACUGGGAGAUGCCUCUGAGGAAAUCAAGACAAACCAUCUCAAAGAGAAUGGACGCUUUUUGGCAAACUAUUUACAGGGAAGCAGGAGCAGCCAAGAAAUCUCUCAAGAAGCCACCAUUGCAUACUUGCAGGGAGUGGCCAAGAUCCGGCUGUGCAUGGAUAGGGCUGCAGAGCUGCUCUUUGAAUUUCAUGGAACCUCAGGCAAGUGGGAUUAUGAUCAUCACAUGGGGAUUGAUGAAAAGUCACUCUACUUGCAAAGAAUGAGGCAGUUCUGCAGUGUGAUUCAAAAUGACUGGUAUCGAGUGUACCUUGUCCGAACACUUACUAACCAGUAUGGGAUGGAUUUCACACAGACACUUUCCAAUGAAUCUAAGUGUCAAUGGAUAUUUCCAGCAGAAAUAAUUCAACAGAAUCUUCAGCGUAGUCAGAUGGAUCGAUUCUUGGUAUGUGGCAAAAACUACAGAGUGGUGCGCGAUGCAUUAGAAAAAGUAAUCAUGGAAUGCCAGACAGACAGCAUAACAGAAGCUCUGAAGGUAUAUAACAGGUCCAAGUCUGAACAGGCUGUUCAUUUUCUCUUGGCUGUCUUCAGAGAGCUCACAUCUCUGUAUGGAUGUAGAGACCCAAAUCUUCACCCUAAGCCAAAGCAAUGUGAUGUUCUUAGAGAGUUUAUCCAGAACUCCAAAGUCCUUCCUUCUCCAGAACUGGAAGUGUUUGCAGAAUCUCUUAUGGCCAACAGUUUCCCCUCACUGACACUGAGCCCACAGGAUUCCAGUCACAAGAGGAUGGUGAUUGAAAUGGCAGUUCACACUGCAGCUGUUUUACUGUCUGGACAGAAUCGAAUCCUUGAACCUCUACGGAAUCUGGCAUUCUCACCCAACAUCAUGCAGAAUGCUUUUUUACCAACAAUGCCAGAAGAUUUAUUAGCUCAGGCUGUGAAUUGGUUGGCAACAGCAACGCUUAAGUGGUAUACAUGUCCAAAUGGCCAUCCCUGCGCUAUUGGAGAGUGUGGUGCUCCUAUGGAAUAUGGUAGAUGUAUUGAUUGUGGCGUUCAAAUAGGAGGCCAGGACCACAAACCAGUGGCAAACUUUCAGAAAGCAGAGAUUACAACAGACAGGACACAAACUGGCCAUGUGCUUGGAGAUGCUGGAAAGAGAGAAGCCAAGAUAGCAUCUGAGAGGGAGAUGUCUCCAGCUGUCUUAAUUGUGAUUCGGUUGCUCACUCAUUUGGCAUUGUUCCUGGGAGCUUCAAAAGAUCCCCAGUCCAUGCAGCAGAUCAUAAAGCCACAGGUUCGAGAUCCAGUGAGUUUUCUCCUUCAACAUAUUCAAAAGGACUUGGAGCAACUGAUGAAUACUCUUGGAAAGAGUGCGGAUGAAACCACGAAUAUUGUCCAUCUCAUUCUGUGUAGUCUUCUAAAGGACCCUCACCAGCACAGAAACCAAUGGCCUGUGAAUUUUGAUGGUCAACUUUCCAAAAAAGAGCAUAGGAAUAAUUGGGAAGGAAUUGUUUCAAACACCGUUAUUCUUCCCGAACUAAAGCUUCUGGAUAAAAAGCUUAUGGAGUUGAAUCAACAGAUCAGUGAAGAUGAGAGAAUCUCUUCCAACCCGAUUGUAAAAAUAAUAUAUGGAGAUCCUGCAAAAUUUCUGUCUGAAUUGCCCAAGAACAGUACUGUGCACUGCUCUAGGAUGUGGAGUUGUAGGAAGAAGAUCUCAGUUGAGAACCUGGGACAUGUUGUCCAGCAGAAAGGAGGCAAGGACACUGUGCCCAUCUUGUGGAAGUUUCUGCAAAAGGAAGCUGAAUUGAGGCUGGUGAAGUUUUUGCCAGACAUUCUGGCCCUGCAAAAAGAGUUGGUGAGAAGGUUCCAGAACAUUUCAGAGGUGGAAUACUAUACAGUUGAAGGUUUUCUUUCUAGCCUUCCCUCAGGAAACACAAGGCGUCUUAUGACAAACAGAGUGAAAACAUUUCUGGCUGUGUGGAACCAGCUGAGAUCAUCCUUGGAAACCAAUGGUGAAAUAAAACUCCCCAAAGGUUAUUGUGAUAACGAUCUCACUCAGGAAAAUGAGUUUGAGAUCCUUCUUCCUCGCCGGCGCGGUCUAGGCCUGUGUUCCACGGCCUUGUCCAGUUACCUCAUCGGCCUGCACAAUGACUUUGUCUACACCGUAGAAAAGCAUACAACGGAUGCCAACAGAUACUCUGUCAGCCCCACAGAAGUGGCAGAUUUGCACGUGAUCACUUAUGAGAUGGACAGGGACCUGAUCCCUCUGAUUCUGUCGAACUGCCAGUACAGCAUGGAGAAAGGAGGGGAGGCUCUCCAGGAAUUUGACCUGGAAAAAAUCCAGCAGCAGGUCAUCAGCAGAAUCCUGCAAGGGAAGCCCUUAAUCACAUUGACGGGCAUACCCACUUUGGUGUACAGGCAUGAUCGAAAUUAUGAGCAUCUCUUCAUUGAUCUCAAGAGCAAGCUGAGGCAGAGCUCCCUUCCAAAUUCCACAAUUAGCAUGAUCAGUGGGGAGUUGCAAUCAUACAGUGACAUCUGUGAAGCUCUGUCUGUCACUGAAAUAACCUUAGGAUUCCUGGCUAUGGCUGGAGGGGACCCAGAGAUGACUUUGACCGAAUAUGUUGAAAAUAUCCUGCAAAUGGGCAGUCAGACAAGUGCUCAUGUGCUGAAGGCACUGAGUCGAUGUCAGCUGAAGCACACCACUGCGUUGUGGCAGCUCCUCUCUAGCCAUAAAUCUGAACAGCUGCUGCAUCUGAAAAGGGAUCCCUUUGCAGAGGUCAGCACGUCCUAUAAAGAUGAGCUCACAGUAGAGAACACCAAACUCCUUAACGACUUCCUUAUGCAGGCUGAGCUGGAAUCCUUCCUCCAAGAAUUGCAUGAAAUGAUAGUCCUGAAGGUGAAAUAUGCCCAAGCUGGGGAAGAAUUCAACCCCACAUGGAGCCUUAAGCAUACGCUUAUUCCAUACCUCGAAAGCAAAGACAGCAACCCACUUGAGGAAUUAGACGAUAUGUUCCCAGAAGAGAUCCCACUCUCCCAGUGCAUCGCCGCUUGGAAACUGGCUGCUACUCUUAAACAAAAUCGAAGGCUCAGUUUAUACCCUUCCUCUCUUCCCCCCUCCAGUUUUUUUAAAAAAUCAACAAUGAAGCACUGGAUCUAAGUGUUCCUUUUCUUGCACUGAAAAAAAAUACAUUCUGAGGCCAAAAACUUUUCAUAGUUCAAGGAGAUCCUAAACAAAAGUAUCACUGCAUGAUAUUAUGAGCCAUGCUGCAGGAAUGGCUGCCUUAGAAGAUGAAGGAUUUGGAAAAAAACAGAAUAUUCCCCACCCUUCCUAGAAAAUGCAAGUUAGAGAUGAAAAUCAUAUCAGUGUCCAUAACUAGAGGCUUAGUGUCAUCGGACCCUGGCAGAAUCCUGUGAUACCAAGACUGCCCACAUGUGGUUAUAUGCUACCUGACUGACGGGUCUUGUUUCCUUUUGGUCAUUUAGAUGAAUUAGAGACAAAGAACUAAACCUUAUUCUUGCAAGUUUUCUGUUUUCCCUAAGUGCUACGAAAGCUGCCUUCCUCUGUGAUCAGGGACAUUUGCUAUGUCACUUCCUGCGCCAGUGGUGUGUCUGUUUUUCUCUUUGGAUAGGACACUUGAAAAAGGCAUGUCAAAGCUCAAUAAAGGCAUGUCUGCCUUCAAAUAUCAUUUAGCAUAGGCACCUACCCAGGUGCACUAGCUUGACCUCACUGCCUGCAAAAUUAAUUUUUUAGGAGGUGACAUAUCAGAGUUGCUCCUAACCUCUCCCUUUUCCUUUUGAGGCAACUUUCUUCACAUUCACACAAGAAACUUGAAAUCAUAUUAUAGGAGGCUGGACCUUCUAUGUACAAACAUGUUUCUUGAUUUGAUCAUCCCAGAAAGUGAUAUUUUCUACAUUAGUCCCUUAAAUAUUCCGAACAGGAAAUUUAUUGCAGUGCUGGUGCGUAAUUUCAACCUCCUCUAUAACAAUCAAGAGGAGGGAAAUAGAAGGGAAUAGAUCAAAGCAGAAGAGAUAGCCAAAUAAUUAUCCUUUGGAAUGCGAAGUCAACCACGGGAUUUGCCAGAGCAGCCAUAUUUGUUCUGUGCUUGAUUGGUUGAGGGAAUCAAAAGCAACUGUGUGAGGUAUUUAGGCUCAAUGGAAAGCAAUUAAGCAAUUAAGUGCAACACAUUAAAUGAAAAGUAAACUUGCUGGUUAAAAUCGAAGAUUAAGAGUUCAAGUUAAAAAGUUAAAAAGUUUUAAAAAAUAGAAAAUGAAGAAUUAAAAGUCAAAGUAUUAAAAACAAAAGGCAAAACCUUCCACGGUCAGCAGCAGAUAGCCCUUCAAUUUCCUUUCUGCCAACGGCACCAAGGUAAAAAUUAUUUAUACACGUUAAAAACAACAACGGUUUAUCUCAGUUUUCAGUGGGAGUCACUCAAGGUAACAAGCCCAUAAAAUAGAAUAGUUGAGAGCAAAUAAGGUGGGAAGAAAAAGAAAAUACGUGCACAAAAUAGAAAAUAUGUAAGCAAAAUCACGGAGCUCACUCAAACCCAACCGGCUCCUCCGAUUUUAUCAUCUUACCUUAGUCAUUACAAGUUGAAAUUAGUAUGUUUUGUGUUGUCUAUUAUUAGUGUUGUCUGAAAUUUGUAACUGUGAUCAUGCUUCUUUGGCCUGAAAAAUAAGUCGAGUCCUAAUUUAAGCACAUUUCUGUAAUCAUAUUUAAGAAGGAAACUAAAGUGCCUUGGAUAUAGUGAAGCAAGUUAGUUUUUGUAUUCUUUCAAAAAUAAUAUGCAGUUUUUAAUUUCAUUUAAAGCCAUUCUGUUAGUACCUUGGGAUUGAUUGUGUGCAUAGUUAAAACAAUUAAAGGAGAAAGUUAUGUGGAAGUGAAUAAGAUUAUUUCGGAGAGGGUGGAAGAAAAUAUUACUUUCAAGUUAAGUGGUGCAUUAUUAACUAUUUGGGAACUUUUAAUUUCUGUUUGGAACACUGUAGAUAUUAACUCAUAGGGUUAGCAUUUUUGCCUCCAAUUAGAUUGCUUCUGACUUUAUUUGGAAUUGUGUGUGUGAGUGAGAUUGUUGUUGCCCUCCCUUUUACUUUCCUGUUCACUCAAAUAAACCUUUUAAUGUUUGGA